UCAUAACUACAUCACUGAAUAGUCUAUGCCUAAAAUAUGGACUAGCGCUGUCGUUGUCAACCUGGGAUAUGUAUACCACUGGGGAGACUUGGCCUUUCUCCAGGGGGAUUCAGAAGACACCUCCACAACCACUGUCCCAGCGACUGUCCUGGCUGAGACGCUACGAUAGAAUACACCCUGUGAUGUCACAGAGGAACCUCUCUAGUGGGUGGAGUCCAUAUCUCAAAAACAAACAACUAACACCUGACACCAUUGGACAAUGGAGACAGGAGAGAAAGCGGAGAAAGCAGCUGCGAAGGAGGCCAAGACGGACCUCAAGGAUGUGCCAUCGGCGGUUUUACAUUUCCAGCAGGCAGCAGAGAUGUUAUUCUCGGCCCCGGUGCAGGCUGCUCCAUGCCGGGGAAAGCUAGGCUUUAAGUGGGCGGUGCGCAGCGUCAUCCUGAUGACUCGCUUCUGCCGCUACUUCAUGUCCCGUUCCAACUCUCGCCAAUUCAUGGAGUUCAACUUCCGGGAGACCAUCACCAACCAGCCGGCCGGGGGAACGGGUAAAAAUCUGGUGUUUGACCUGAACCACUUCAAAGUGAAAGAGGACCGGAUCCCUGUUCUGCUGGUGGAGAUUAUGCGGAAGUGCCCAGAGGAGCGUUCUGAGUCGGAGGUGUUGCUGGUUCACAACAUGCUGAGCUCUGUGAGCAUGUUUCGUCGCUACAGUGGAACCCUGCAACUCCUUCUGGCCAGGGUGGUUCGCUAUCAGAGGUUAGAGGUCAAUCCCCUGUCAAUCAAUUGCAAGAAAAUGAGCUUUAAAACUGCAAAAUGUUCUUUUCACCCCAAGACAAAAUGUGCAGAAUUGCAGGAAAUAAGCUUUAACCCUGAAAAAUUCUCUCCACCAACAAGAGGGGUGUGAACAGUUUGUGUCAUGAACAGUGCUUGUGCCCAUAGAAAUAGAUGCAACGUGCACAACGAGGCGCCGGAUGUUCCCCAAUGCUGGAAAGGGAAAGGGGAUACCUAGUCAGUUGUACUAUUGAAUACCUUCAACUGAAAUGUGUCUUCCGCAUG